AUGAUGCUUGUCUUGUUGACCUUGAUGCAACGGCCUGGCGAUUCACCAUUGAUUGUAUUGAAAAAGGCCCCAGUUCCAGAUGUUACCCAUGCACUAGACAACCAGCUGCAGGCAUGGGAGCUGCCAAUCAGUGCGACACGCAAUCGCAGCAGUGCAGGUGUCAGCGAAGGCUGCAAGACGCCUCGAUCCACGCCGAGUACUGUUCCCAGUUUCUUUUCCCCACCGGAUGCGCUGCUGGGGACUCUGCAAGGCUUUGAAGCGUCGCUUGAGGGCGCCAGUGGCACGUGGCACUACCUGCACGAGCCCUCAAACUAUGAGUUCUGCGUCACGCCAGUGUGCCCCACAGGGCAGGACGCUCCGCAGGGUCAGGCGGAGCUGAAGUACAAACCGCUACGGCUGGGCGCCGCGGAGGGGGUCCUGCCAGAGGCGUUUAAGGCGGAGUUUCGGUUCCUCAGGCAGCAUGCACCAGACCUGGCAAAGGACGUAAUGGGCUGUCUUGAGGGCGUGCCCAAGAAGGAUGGCGUCGAAUAG